AUCUCCUGGGCGCCGGAGCACACGGCGGUGACGAUCCACUGGUCCAGCAGAUCUCGCGGCGGUGAGAAGGCGUCAAGGCGGAGGGUGCGGAUGGGCGUCCGGGGUGGUGCCUUGCUCAGGAUCGCGCCUGUCACCUUCUGGUUGAAGCAGACCGGGAUGGACUUGUCCGAGGAGGUGUCCCGGUUGCCUUUCUUGGGGUCGGCAAGGUCGAUGACGGGGACAGCCGUGCAGACGCGGCGCCACCGGCGGGAAAGGGCGCAGGUGCGCGUGGCCUCGUCGGAUACGAGGUUGGAGAGGAUGCACUCCAGCGCCUUGUUCGGAAGAGCGCUCAGCCGGUCCGUCUGCCUCUGCCUCUGCCUCUUCAUCUUCCCCGUUGGAGACGCGACGUGUGAGGUGCGUGUCUUUUUAUUUUGGUGCCCAGGUCACCGCCUUUGAUGCUUGACAAGACUUCGAGUCGGCGGACGCACCGAUUCUGUUUCGAUUUUUGUUUGUAAAUACAGUAGUAUAGGUAGUUACUCGGAUUGUAAUCACGCCACCACCGCCUAUGAAACAGAAACCAUCUAGGCCCGGAAAUCCUUGAUAUAUACUGCUACUCGUUAGCUUGGGGCGAUCCUGAUUAUUAGUACCAACAUUAUUUUGCCGGACCGGAAGUUGCAAAGCACCGGACGACUGACAUGGCGUCACCUCCAUGGAAGAAGUCGUCUCCGUCGAGGCGGACAGAUCGCAUCAGCGAUCUCCCUGACAACGUUCUGGGCCACGUCCUCUCCUUCCUCCCCACCAAGGAAGCUGGUCGUGCGGCCAUGCUCGGCCGCCGAUGGCGCGACAUCUUUUGCAGUGUGCACACCAUCUCCUUCGAGGAGGUAGAGGGCGAGCGUAAGGACGACUUGUACACCUACUUCUGGGAGGCCGCGGAUCGGAGGAGCUGCAGCGGCAUACUCCUCGAUUGCAUCAGCUCCGCGCUCCUCCGCCGCCGCAACCGGUGCGCUAGCACCACCAGCGUGCUCCCUGUGCCGCUGCGCAGCUUCCGCUUCGCCUUCGACAGCUGCAGCGGGUGGGACAAGGUCGCCGUCGACCAGUGGCUCUUCGACGUGCUGUGUCGAAGCGGCAAUGAGGAGCUCCACCUCGACCUACGCUUCCACAUCGGCCCGAUCUGCAAACGCCGCAAAGACGAAGACAAUGACGAAAAGGAGACGAAGGAUAAUGAGGGGUGGGGAUAUGUCCUCCCGACCGCGCUCUUCUCUUGCACCGCCAUACGAACGUUGUGCCUCAGCCACUGCAAACUGAAUGUACCCGAGACGGUUGAUCUGCCGUUCCUCGAGGCGCUACAUCUGACCGGUAUCCGCGGCGACGAUUCAGGGUACAUGAUCCAGAGACUUGUGUGGAGCUGCUCACGCCUCGUUGACCUGACGCUAGAGGCCAACAGCCGUCUGAAAAGACUCACCGUCCUCGACAAGCGCCUCCGGAGAUUCGCUCUCCGGUGCUGCCACAACAUUGCCAAGGUAAUCAUUGAUGCUUCGGAGCUAAGAUCCCUGGAGUACAGCGGCUCAGUGCCCGAGGAGUCGCUCUUGUCCCUGAGCGGCUCGCCGGGAUUGGCUUCGUGCACCAUCCGCUUUUGCAGAGUGAGGCCGAAUAAUGAGUUGGAGUUCGUCGGGUUCAGAAGGUUUCUCGAGAAAGUCUCGGACUCGAAGCACCUGCAUCUACACCACCGAGGCCUAGACAGCGGAUUCCUCGCGGUGUUCCCCACGUUUUCCAAUCUAAAGCGGCUCGAGCUACAGGGACCCGUUCAAAGCAGCGACUCGGUUAAUGGGAUCCGGAGGAUGCUGGAGCACACGCCAAACCUCGAGGUUCUCUCGCUGUAUAUGGAUACAAACCCACAAAAACAAAAGGCGGAGCCGAUCACCUACAGGCGGCGGCUAGAAGAGCUUGAUGAUGACGAUGAGGAGGAGGAAGAGUACGAGCGGUCCAUAGUUGUCGACAAUCUCCUAGUUCCUGACGAGUCGGGCUUAUCCUCCAUGCCGUGCUUGCGGCACAGCGUGAAGGAGAUCAACAUGGUUAACUACCAAUAUGACGUGCAGCAUAGGACGCUGGCAAGCCUUGUGUUCCGCAACGCGCUUGUUCUUGAGAGGAUGUGCGUCGUGCUCGGGAAGGGGCAAUUCGCGUUGCAGGUUGAGCUCAAGAAGGAGAUCGAGAGCUGGCUAGUGGCCAAACCAGAAAAGAGUUUCAUGUAGUGAGUGAUCUGUUAUCUUCCAUGGAGCAAUCGCUGCAUAAUUUAUCCACUACCUGAUUAAUUACACAUGCCAUGUUCUCUUUGACGAGACCAAACCCGUUUAAACAUUAUAAUUGCUGUUUCGAAUGUGGUAUUGCCACACCUGGAUUUUACUUGAUUGAUGAGAAGGCAACCUUCCAGUCUUUCACGUCUUCUAUAGACGAUAAUAAAACCAUGUGUUAUUUUGGCACCAGGGUUUGAAAGGAUCACAGAAUUUUGAAAUUAACUAAAACUCGUAUUGAGUGAAAUUAUAAAACUAAGUCUCACACAUAAAUGUGGAUAUAUAUUCCCUCCAGAAUUGUAAUAUUUUAUAAUAAAUAUACUUUUGUUGAAUCCUAUAUAAAAAUAACAAACUCGUUGAUCUGCACCUAUGCUUUUCUUUUAUGUAACCUAAGUGUUGUAGAGAUGUUGCUAGUAUCUACAUGUACAUGGCGAAAUAUUUAAAACAUCGUCUGAAACAAAAAAUAUAUUUUGAAAUUUAAUAAA